UUGAGAACACACAGACUAGGCCGAGAGCCACACACACACACGCAACGCAGCCAACUCUAGCCCAGUGUGCACCCCGAGAAAGACCACACCUUUCUUCCUUCAGAAACCCCCCAACAAUACAAAACCCACCUAAUCUUCCUCUCUCUAUAAAUCUUUCUAAAACCUUCUCUACUUUCUCUCACUUUCAUUUUCUUGAUCUUCACUCCUGUAAAGCUCACUCCUUUGAUCUUCUUUUCAAUCCCCUCGAGUCUUUUAAUUUGCUAGAAUAUGGCUACAAAGAAGAGUGUUAGCUCUCUAAAGGAAGCUGACUUGAAGGGAAAACGGGUGUUUGUGAGAGUGGAUCUAAACGUUCCUUUGGAUGAUUACCUCAAUAUCACUGAUGAUACUAGGAUCCGUGCUGCUGUCCCCACCAUCAAGUACUUGAUGGAUCAUGGUGCUAGAGUUAUUCUUUGCACCCACUUGGGUCGCCCUAAGGGUGUUACACCUAAGUACAGUUUGAAGCCACUUGUACCUAGGCUAUCUGAACUUCUUGGAGUUGAGGUUAAGAUGGCAAGUGACUGUAUUGGUGAGGAAGUUGAGAAAUUGGUGGCUGAGAUCCCAGAAGGGGGUGUUUUGCUUCUCGAGAAUGUAAGAUUCCACAAGGAGGAAGAGAAGAAUGAGCCUGAAUUUGCAAAGAAGCUUGCUGGUCUUGCAGAUGUCUAUGUCAAUGAUGCAUUUGGCACUGCUCAUCGAGCCCAUGCUUCCACUGAGGGAGUGGCUAAAUACUUGAAGCCUUCUGUUGCUGGUUUUCUUAUGCAGAAGGAACUUGACUAUCUUGUUGGAGCUGUGGCAAACCCUAAGAAGCCAUUUGCUGCAAUUGUUGGGGGCUCAAAGGUAUCAACCAAGAUUGGAGUAAUAGAAUCUCUCUUGGAGAAGGUUGACAUCCUCAUCUUGGGUGGAGGAAUGAUAUUUACCUUUUACAAGGCACAAGGACACUCAGUCGGGUCAUCCCUUGUGGAGGGAGACAAACUUGAUCUUGCAAGUUCACUUAUUGAAAAGGCCAAAGCUAAGGGAGUGGACCUAUUGCUGCCCACUGAUGUGGUCAUUGCUGAUAAGUUUGCUGCUGAUGCCAACAGCAAGGUGGUGCCAGCAUCCUCUAUUCCAGAUGGCUGGAUGGGUUUGGAUGUUGGACCUGAUGCGAUCAAGACAUUCUGUGAAGCAUUAGAUACUACCCAAACGAUUAUCUGGAAUGGACCAAUGGGCGUCUUUGAGUUUGACAAGUUUGCAGUGGGAACUGAGGCAAUUGCCAAGAAGCUUGCGGAGCUCAGUGGAAAGGGUGUGACAACAAUCAUUGGAGGUGGUGACUCAGUUGCUGCUGUGGAGAAAGUUGGUCUUGCUGACAAGAUGAGCCACAUCUCAACUGGAGGUGGUGCCAGCUUAGAGCUUCUUGAGGGGAAGCCACUUCCUGGAGUCCUUGCUCUUGAUGAUGCAUGAACUGAGUUUUUUUUGCCAUUUUUUGUGCAACUCUAGUUCUGGUACACAUGGUUGGAAUCACAACCAGAGCGGACUUAGAAUGAGAGUAGAGCUGAUAGGCUGUAGAUUGAGUAAAUAAAUGUGGUCUCUUGAGCAUCUCAAGGAAGGAUUGCUUUGGGUUGGAUGGAUUCAUUUUGGAAUAUUUGACAUCCAAUUAUAUGAGUUUGUUUGCUUCUUCGAUAAAGUGCACUUUAAGCGCUUUGACAGAUAAAUGCAUUAAAGAAGUUUUUUCACUUCUCUUUAAAGGCUUCA